AAUCAACUGCCCCCAGUCCUCUGUGUCGCUGGUCCAGCCAGUUCGGACCGUAUCUCAAUCGGUCUGCGCUCCUGUCCCGGCCCCUGCCGGUGCGACGCGCGUGCGAGCAGUCCGCUGUCCGGCCGCCAGCGGCCAUCGCGCCGGUCUGGACGGGCUGGGAGAGGGGGGAGGAGCAGGGGGCAGAGGGCAGGGCAGCGAGCAUCACCGCUCCACGGGAAAUAAAUGGCGGCCGGUCGGAGCGGCGGCGACCACUGGCAGUGCGACGAUCGCGGUGGACGUAACCCGCGGCACACACUCGGCACAUCACACACCAUGAGGCUGCUCGUCGUACUCGCUCUGGCCACUGGGGCAUGGGCCCAGGACAGCUUCGUCCAGGAAUUCGUGUGCCCGGAGUCGUACGGCGACUUCCCAGACGCCAUCAACUGCGACUACUUCUGGCGCUGUGAGAAGGGCGUGGCCAAGCCGAUGGAGUGCGAGGACGGACACGCCUUCGACCCGCGCCUGAGGGGCACCAUCUACCCGUGUGACUACACCUUCUCCGUCAACUGCACCGGCCGCGAGCAGCUCCAGAACCCCAUUCCGGGCACCGACCCGGUGUGCCAGCGCCAGAACGGCAUUUUCCCGCACGAGUUCGAGUGCGGCAAGUUCUACACGUGCAAGGAGGGUCUGGCGACGGAGAGCGAGUGCGCCACCGGCCUGCACCUGUCCCUGGACUCGAUGGAGUGCGUGUGGCCAGAGGUGGCCAACCGCGGCCCGUGCGACACCCCCGCCCGGGAAGGCAACUUCACCUGUCCACCGGACGCCGCCAACGCGCUGGACGCGCUGGGCAACCGCGCCAUCAACCCGACCUACUUCCACCCGACCGACUGCCGGUUCUUCUACGUGUGCCUGAACGGCAUCAACCCGGAGCUGCGCGGCUGUCCUGACAGCACCGUCUUCAACGACGCCACCGCCCAGUGCGACGACCCCGCCAACGUGCCCGGAUGUGAGAACUACUACGAACCGCUGUGAUCGCGCCACCCGGUGAUAUUGGCGCCACUGCUGAGGGGGGCAUGGUCGACAGCAUCAAGAAAGUGCAUGUUCACCUGUUAGAAGUGUUACAUUGAUGUACAAAGAGUGAUAUCAUCGAUUAUGUCACAGUUUAUAAAUAAACGUUACGUGGUA